UCACUCGUUGCCGUAUUCUUGCCAUUCACCCUCCCCUUCCUCCCUGCCAACGCACUCUGCACCUCCUCAUUGGCUUCCCACCCUGUCAUCUUCAUUACGUGCGUUAUCACUGCUUCUGCAUCAGCACCCGCGGAUGAGGUUCCUGCUCUUUCUUUGUCGUCACCUGUGCGAGGCAGACGUAAACAUUGCCAGCAAGGCGUAAACAGGAUUUAAAAGAAAAAAGUAAAACUAAAAGUAUUAAACAAUUAUAGUUUCUGGAAAAGCUGCUGACCCGAGGCAUUGCAUCCACCCUCCUUCCCCUCCCUGUUGCUCCGGGCAUCAGGUUCCUUUGCAUGCUCCAUCGUCAAAGAAAGGCCUGGGAAGACGAAGCUUUUUCAACGGCUAUAUUUGUUUAAUGCUCAAAUGUGCAAUCUGUUUACGUGUUGUUGCUAAUGUUUGUGUUUGUUUACAGGCAAGUGGCGACGGCCGUGGGGCAGGUGUCUCAUUCACAGGUCAAGCAACGAAGAGCUGCGCGAGAGACGGAAAGGGAAAGUCUCCGCGGGACCAGCACAAGCGGAAGCGCAGGGUGGAGGACCCUUCGCCAUCGCCCUCCCCCUCCCCUUCCCCCCCUCCCAAGCACCAGCGCCAGAACUUCCCAGGGACUCCGGAGACGCCGAAGACCGUGAAGAAGCCAAAGCCAAAUCAGCGGAAGAGGUCCUUGAGCAGCGAGAGAGGGUCCGAGACCGCGGGUUCUUCAGGCAGCCAGACUGACGGCGAGAGUUUGGGCAAGCAGGGGCACCCGACGAAACAGAAGAACGCAACGAGGCCAGAAGAAGUGGUCACUCGAGAGAUAAGCAGCCAGACGAAAAGGGUUAAGCAGGAGAAAACGACCAGCGUGGCGGAGGGGCAGAACAACGAGGCAGAGGAGGCGCAAAACAAGCAAAGCGCAGCUAAGAGACUUAAAAGACUUAAGCGAUUUCUGCAGUUGAAUAAGCACAAGCCUUUCUCCAAGCUGCAGAGGUUGGUCAGACUGAAGAGAUUGGUCAAGCAGAAAGGCCGAGCUAAGCAGAACUUGAACACAAAGGGACGAAAGAAGCAGAGAGACGAAACUAAGGGAAAGAGCUUGUUCAGACAAGAUGAAGUGAAAGAAGAAGGCCUUGGCAAGCAGAAGAGCUUAGCCACCAAGGAUGAGAGCGCAGGGAGAGAUUGCGCUAAGGAGAAGAGCGACGCCAAACAUGAGGUCGUGGUUAAGCAAGAGAACGUGGCCAAUCAGGAGAUAACAGGCACCAAGAAAAGAGCAGCCAGCAGUAUUCUGCAUUCAUGCAAGCAGGGGCGCGUGGUGAAACGAAAAUCGAAGAAGAGCAAGAAGCCCAGCAUGAAAAGUAAACAAAAGAUUAGAGACGAGUAUUCCGCAUUCGGCAACCUCAUAGCGAAUCAGCUGCGCAGCAUGAACAGCAAAAGUACCCUUUACAUCGUGCAGCACAGAAUUUGUCAAGUCAUGAUUGAAGUACAGAUGUGGCACUACAAGCCAGAAAUUGCACGUAUGGUUUUCCCCAGUCCUCAUGGACCCUCGGCGCCUCCUUCUACUCCGCCUUCUUCCACGGGUUUUGGCACAUCUGCUCCGGUUACUCCCCAUGGCCAGGAAGCAUCCGUGCUGCACUACCUUCCCACUGCACUAUCUUCUGUCGCACAAACCCAACCGUGUGGUGCAUGUUCAAAACAAAGUACUUCCACAACGCGAGUGUCGGCAACCUCAGCCACGCCCCCAACGUCAGCCUCAGUCCUGGUCGCUGUCCCCAAUCCAACGGUGUCAAACCUCGUCCCAUCUAAUCCUCUUGUGCCUGCACCUGUUAGGUUUAAUCUCCCCUCUUCGAAUCGUGUUGUGCUUACUCCUGGCUGGUCCAACCCCCCCACGACCAACCCAGUUGUGUUUCCCCUCAUUAAGUCGAAGCCGCCAACGACGAAUGUUUUCUUAACCGUUGUUAGGCCCAACCCCUCUACCUCAAACCCAGUGGCGUUUACUUCAGAGAAGUGUAAACAACCUACACCUAGCUUGUCCACAUCCAAUCAGACAGAACGUAAUCAAACUGCCGCAGAGCCAGGUAGUAAUAGUGGAUCUACAUCUGACAUGGGUGCCCUUAACCCAGUUUCAUUAGAGGGAACAGCCCCACCUAGCCUAGGUACGUCUCAUGAAACUACAACUAACGCAAUUUCUUAUAUUCCAAGUGCUACCCUUGAUGUAACUGGUAUGCAUAUAGAGAAAACCAACCCUACUACACUGAAUUCUUCCACAUUGCGCACUAUUCUUACUUCAGCUCCUCCUAAGCAAAGCAUUUGUAGCCUUUCUAAAAUGGGCAUUUAUGCUCAAACCCUGGUUUCACUUAAUCCGCCAUUGACAAGGACAACUCAGUCAGAGCCAACAAUAGCAAGCUCGUACAUGCAAACAUCCAAAACAACCACAUCAAUCUUAGAUGCUGCACUUAAGUCAGCCAUACCAGAAGCAGUCACUCCCAUGACUAAUGUAACAGGAUCGGUCAGUUGUAUACCAUAUUCAUCUGUGCCUACACUAAGUCUGAUAACACAAAAGAUAACUGCACCAGACACGGCUACAGCACAAGCAAAAAAAACGAAACCAAAUGUAGUUAUGCCUGGGCCGGCCACACCAAGGUCAAGUGAUAACCAAGAACCAAAUAUACCAUUAACAUAUGUAGCUACAUUUGACACACCUAUAUCUAUCGCAUCUAAGCUUGACACCGACACAGAGGACCCUACAACUCGAGGUGUAGCAAUGUUUAUUCCAGUUACGGAGAAUAUAGCUAUGCCUGGUAUUGGCACGUCAAAUCUGACAAACCCAACUGACUCAAAUGUAGUGAUAACUUAUUCAAAUACACUACAUGCACCUCAUUCAAACAUGUUUGUUGAUCCACAUAUAGAUACGCCUGGCUCUGAUGCUGUGAAGCCUACAUCAGCUACAUCAAAUCCACCUUGGCUAAGUGAUUGUUCUCCUCAUCCAUCUACACCAGAUGUAGUUUCAACUAGCCAGUCUUCCCCACUAUCUACCAUUCCAGAUGUAGCUGCUCCUAUCUCAGCCAUUUCAAGCGAAGCUACAGGGGACAUGCAAAACACACAAGAAAUUGUUUCAUCUCAGCCAGGGACACUUUCCUCAAAUAUAACCUCAUUGGACAAAGCUAAACCAAAUGUGGGUGCAUCUGUUUUAUCGGCUAAUGUAUCUGUGGCAUCAUGUGUACCUUCAAACCAAGAAAUAUUAGAUCUAACAACGCCAAAUGUAACUCAUGAGCUAAGUACACCUGGUGUUAGUGACCCAGCUGUACGUGUUGAAGUACUUCGUGAUCCUAAGCCUCCUGAAGCUAUUCAUAAUCCUGCAACAACUUGUGCAGUUGCUACAAGUGCAGAUACCCAUGACGUAGCUACCCAUUCACCUGCACCUGUUUUAGAAACAUCUGAGUUAGCCAAACCAUGUUCAUCUACUCCGGUUGUAGAUGGAACUGAUCAAAAUACACUUGUAGCUCCAUGUAAUCCAACUACAUCUCUUGUAGCUAGUCCAGAUCCAGCUACUAUUGACUCAGAUGGAUCCAACCCGGGUGCGGACAUCGAUUUACCUGUGGUAUCUACGCCCAUUGCAGUUACUGCUGAUCAUUGUGUUUGUGUAACUUCUAGUCCAGCUACACCACCUGCAGCUGCAUGUGUAGAUACACAGGAUGAAGUUACACACAUAGUUUCUAGUCCAGUUACACAUAUUUUAGCAACACCUGUUGACGUAGCACAAGUAGUUGCAACUAGUGAACUUGCAACUGAUUCAGUUGCACCUGUUGUAGAUAUGUCGGACCCACUCACAUCAAGUUUUAAUAAACCAACUGCACCUGGUGCAAAUAGACCUGAUGAAACGGCAACUGCUGUUGUAGAUGAGCCAGUUACACCUGUUGCAGACACAGAGGGAUUAGAUACACCCAGUCCAGCUCCACCUGUUGUAGAUACACCUGACACAGCUAUAACUGAUGUAGGUACCCGUAGUCCAAAUACAACUGAUUUAGAUAUGUUUGACCAGACUGCACCUGUUGUAGAUGUUCGGAGUCCAGCUACACCGCUCGCAGAUACUCCUGACCCAGGUACAUCUCCCGCAUCAGUUUACGAUGAAACACCUGGCACACCCAACCAGACACUUGAUCUGACUCCAGGCCGUGAAAAUACUGCAGAGCUCACUACUACUAACAACAUGACUGCAUCUGGUUUAACAACUCUUGAUUCUAGCACACCUACUGGAGCUACUGCUGAUCCAGUAACGCCUGAUGUAGCAUCUGAUUCCGUUACACCUACAACACCUGCUCUAGCUAUAUUUGCUGUGGCAUCUCAAAAAUCACCUCCACCUGAUGGAGCUUCAGAACCAAGUACACCUGGUGCAGUAACUGAACCAGUUACACCAGACAUUGGUGUAGCUUCUGAUCCAACUACAUCUGCUGUAGCUUCUGCUCCAAGUCCACUUGUAGCUACUGACCUAACUACACCUGAUCACGCAACACCUAGUGUAGCUGAUGACCCAGUCACAUUCAGUGAGGAUGCUCAUAUAAGUACACCAAGCGUAGCUUCUGAUCCAAGUACGCCUGGCGUAGGUAGUGACCCAGCAACCCCUUGUGUAGCUACUGGCCUAAUUACACAUGGUGAAUCUUCGGAUCUGGUUACACUUCAAGAGGUUGCCGAUCCAGCUAACACUCGAGCUACACCUAGUGUACUCACCGAAGCAGCUACACCUGGUGAGACUCCAACUAGUGAAGGUUGUGAUCAAGUAGCACCUGUUGAAGGUUGUGAUCAAGUAGCACCUAUUGAAGGUGCUGACACAGCUACACCUGUUGAAGGUACUGAUACAGCUGCAUCUGUUGAAGGUACUGAUACAGCUGCAUCUGUUGAAGGUACUGAUACAGCUGCAUCUGUUGAAGGUACUGAUACAGCUGCACGUGUUGAAGGUACUGAUACAGCUACAACUGUUGAAACUGCUGAAAAUACUGAUGUAGAUAUACCUGUUGCAGAUGCAGAAUGUAUUAAUCCAGCUAUAAUUGCUAAAGAUGGCGGUGUAAUCACACCUGCUGAAAGUCCUGAUCCAAGUUCACCUGUUGAAAGUACUGACCCAACUACUGCUGUUCAAGGUAGUGACCCAGCUACACCUGCUGAAGGUACUGGUCGAGCUGCACUUGCUCAAGGUACAGAUCCAGCAACACCAAAUGAAGCUGCUGAAAAUAUAGAUCAUACUACACCUGCAGAAGGUACUGAUUCAGCUACACUUGUGGAAAGUACUGAUCUAACUACACCUGCAGAAAUUACUGAUUCAGCAACACCUGUAGAAAUUACUGAUCCAGUAACACCUGCUGAAAUAACUGAUCCAGUAACACCUGCUGAAAUAACUGAUCCAGCAACACCUGCUGAAAUAACUGAUCCAGCAACACCUGCUGAAAUAACUGAUCCGGCAACACCUGCUGAAAUAACUGAUCCAGCUACACCCGUUGAGGCAGCAGAUCCAGCUACACCUGUCGAAGGUAGUGGCCUAGCUACACCCGUUGAGGCAGCAGAUCUAGCUACACCUGCCGAAGGUACAGAUCCAGCUAUACCCGUUGAGGCAGCAGAUAUAGCUACACCUGCCGAAGGUACAGAUCCAGCUACACCUGCUGAAGGUAGUGGCCCAGCUACACCCGUUGAGGCAGCAGAUCCAGCAACACCUAGUGUUGCUUCUGGUUCAACGACACCAGACCCAAGUACACCUAGUGUAGAGGCAUCUGGUGUAGCUGUGUCUGAUUCAACUGCGUAAGAUGUGGUAGUCUAAUAGCAAGUCCGAUUACAUCAGAUGCACGAAAGUUAAAUACACGAAAUAACGGAGAGAAUCAGAGUCCAUUCGCACCCAUUUUACUGUAGUUAUCUUUGUGAUUGUUUAUUGCUUGUUGUGACUUACCUU